AUGUUGGACUGCUGGCUGGACAAACCCACAGACAGACCAAAUUUCACCGAACUCGUAGAACAUCUGGGAAACCUCCUACAGGCCAGCGCUCAUCAGGUGACUGUGAUUGUGUGUACAUGUAUACAUGUGUUUGAAAAAUGUUUUGGGUAUAAGAGGUAUGGGCGUGUCUUCAUCUUAUUGUGUGUGUAUGAGAUGAGAGAGUGAGGUCUGAGAGUGUAAUUGGUGUGUGUUUAUCUUCAGGAUGGGAAGGACUACAUCCCUCUGACAGCAGUGGAGGUGGAGGGGAACUCACUCAGCCCUGAACCCAGGAACCCCUUCACCAGGAUCAUCAGAGAGGAAACCCCCGACCCCCAGAUACACUACGACAACGCACCCCCGAUCACCCUCGGGUCAGCAAGCAUGCAUCACAUUGAUGUGUCACAAAUGAAACCCUCAUUUAAUGGACUACCUUUGCACAAUUUGUAUGAACACUUGUUAGUUGUUAGAUUAACUUGUGGGGCCGAGCUGUUGACCCUCCCCUCACUGCUCCUUAUAGGCUCUCCCAGCAGAGUGACAGGUGUAAUCAACCACUCAGUGUGAAGACCUUUGACGACAUCCCUGUGGAGCAUAGCAUCAUCAUGGUGAGUGUCUCCAUGGUCACACACAGUGUCCCUCCCCCUCACAUAUCAACAGCCAAUGAACAGAGUCCCUGUGGGUGUUUCCUACAGGAGGGUCAGACGGACAGCGGUAUGGGCCUAUCACCAGAGGAGAUGAAGAGUCUGGACCAUCAGCCUCACCGCACGCCCAACUUCAGGUGAGUUCUCAGGACUAUAACCCCCAACCCUAAUGGUGUUGUGUGAUAAUCAAGACUCUCAUGGCAUUGGUAUAUUUGUUUGUUACUAUAUUUGUUUAUUUAGUUAUAAAUUCCUCACGUCCUCCCCCAGCCACAUCCGGCGAUGUAAGAGUAAGGAGUCCCUGGCCUCUGAGUCGUCCAAUCAGACGAGUGGGUACCAGUCAGGCUACCACUCAGAUGACACUGACGCCCCCAUUUAUGCUAAUGAGGAGAUGAUCAUGAAGAGAAGCAUUCAGAAGAAGCCGCUGCCGCCCAAAACAGCAGGCAAGUUCAGUGUUGAGGUGCGCUACAGUGCACCCCCUGUUUUUAUUCCCUAA